AUGCGAGCCCGGCAGGAGAGUCGCGCGGACGACGCCGCGCUCCCCUUCGCGCCCAGCGGGCCCGGCGUCUGGAGCCCAACGGGCCCGGACGGGCCCGGGCCCCACGCCGGGGCGGGGCCCGCCGCGCCUUUGCUCCCGGGGGCGGCGGCCGUGGACUGUCGCGAGGACCGGCGAGAGGGCGAGGCGGGCGCAGGGAGGUGGGGUGAUGGGCGACAAGAGCGAGAGUUCGAGGGGUUUGAGAGCAGAGGCCGCGAGGCCCAGUCCUUCAUCGAGCACGCGCGGCGAGAGGAAGAAGACGUUUUCCGGAACGACAGAACCGACAGGGGAGCGAGUGUCAGCGUGGGAGCCGACGCUGCGGUCGCUUCAGGCAGGGAGGCCAGGCGCGAAGAGAAGAAGAGAAAGGCAGGCAGAGAAAAGGGCGCCAGAAAAGAAAAUGUCGCCUGGGUAGUCAGCGUGUACACCGUGGUCGUGCUCCUCCUCUUCCUCGGAUGCGCGAUCUCCGGUAAGACGAAGAACGCGCAGCAGGAGCGCGAGAAGGGGUGGGAACCGCCGGAGCGGAGGGGAAGAGACGGAAAAAGGCAGGCAAGGAGACACGUGAGCAAAGGCGAAAGGGGAGGGGGGAAGCUUGGCCACCGGGAGAGGCCGCGUGUUUCUGGGCAUUAUCGUCACGUCACCGACCGUCCGAAUCGCCACCACGUCGCUUCACCUCAGCGGCCAGUUGAAUCCCACCGAAGCAGGUAUGUUUACGGAAACCCGUCCGUGUGGCACUUUCGCGUGAAUUCGGUGGGCAAGCUGGAGAUGGGCGGCGAUGUGACCUUCGUUCUGCCGCUCCUGAAUCCUUCCAUCUUCACUCUCGAGUUCGUUGUCGAGAAUCUGUCUGUCUUCUACUACCCCAUCGGCAAGAGCUUCCAGUGUCUGCUGUACCACGGCGGAAUCAUUGGGAACGAGGGUCAACCUCUGUUCCUUCACCGCGAGUUGAUUGCCGAACCCGCGAAUGGAAAUUCUUCCCGCUACAUCAGUCCUCUCUCAAUGACUGUGAAGCCCACAGACGGCUCGAUCAGCGAUGACGCGACGUUUCGCAUCCAAACCACCUUCGGCGUGGAACUUCCGGAGGCGUACCUGCCUGAGGCCAAGCCUCUCUUCGACGACUGUCGGCAGCACGGCGUCUUGAUUUACGCGGUAGAGGUGUCCGGGGCGUACACCGACUCGCCGCUGACGCAGGUGAAGAUGCCGGGGCCGAUCGAAGUCGUCGCCGCGCUCAACUGCUCGAUAGGCCGUGGCGUCGAGGCGCUCUUUAACGGAGUCGAACGCGCCUAUCGGCCUGUCAUCCUCGAAAACCUCACCAACAAGCAACUCUUCGCGAACUCGGAGGCAGCCUGA